AAUAGGCUACCGAACCGCAGGCAAAUAAUCACUAAACUGUUGCUAACACAAACUUAUUAUAGCUUAGUUAAUAAAUAUUUUUUUGCAAUAAUCAAUAACUUAUAGAUACUUUUUAAAGAUCCGUGGCCUACACAGAAAAAAUAGGCAAUGAAAAACAAACUACUGCACAGGGGAAAAAACUUUUUUUCUCUCAAAAACUUUAAUGUAUUGAGCUAAACAUUAAAAGCCUAAGCAGUUUAUCAAGAGGUAAUCAGUCUCACUCUAAUUAGACGAAAGAAAAAAAAACUAAUAACUUGUAAGACUAGCAAUCCAUUCAAUCCGCAUUAGGUGUCGCUCAAAACCCACUUUAGAUGACUCAUCAUCAACCUCUGCAAAGUAUCUGCGCACCGUUUUCUGCCUCUCUGCGCUACUUCGCCCUGAUUGGAGAGAUGGGAUUUGACUGGCUCUGAGUUCGACCUAUUGUUGGGUAGCCAUGUGCUGCGUUUGGCCCGUGCAACCACUUUUAUACCUGCAGUUAACGGUGCGACUCCGGGGGAGUGUGUAGUCUGCGGUCAGUGUAUCUCUAGAAGAGCUGAGUUAGGAUGCUGCAGCAUGCGGAUAGAUCGCUGUGCAGCAGCACAUCACAGCUUUAGGUAACAGAUUGGACGUCGCAAACUCUUGCACAGAAUUAUUGAACACUCGGUAAAAAGUAAUUUACAGUACGUUUAAGGAGGCUUCUAAACAUUGGCCAUGCCGGUAUUUAAAAGUAAAAUGUUUUAGUGGCUGAUUUGACAUUAAGAUGAUAGUCUUAAGACACCCCGUGCAUGAAUAUGGAUGUGGGAUGGGUGGGGUCCAUGCAGCAAAGAGUGCGGGAGGGGGAGAGACGACGGACGAAUAUCCUCGGAUGGUGGGACAUCAGACAGGCUCCGAAAAAAAACUGAGAGCUUAAAAUAUCCAAGCAGGAUAUUGUUCCACCCUGUUUCCCUCUCAUCCUCUGAAUAUGUUCAAGGCCCUGGCAGGAAUCUGUUUGCUUCAUCUGACUACAAUUUUCUUCCUAUUUUGGGCAACUAUUGAUGAUGCAUGGUGGUUCACAGAGAACCUUUAUACAGACUUGUGGGGCAGAUGGGUGAUGGAGAACAAUGAUAAUGUCUGGGUGUACAUGGACAUACCAACCUCUUACCGGAAAGACUAUCUCCAGGCGGUUCAGGCAUUUGCAGUUCUGUCCUGCCUGUUUGCUGUGUUCUCUCUGUGCGUGUUCAUGUUCCAGCUCUUCACUCUGGGCAAAGGAAAGAGGUUCACCAUCUCUGGGGUCGUGCAGCUCAUCUCCUGUUUCUGCAUUAUGGUGGCUCUGUCAGUCUACAGCGAUCACUUUCACAGAGGUGAGAAGAAUGGCUGGUAUGGCUGGUCCUACAUCAUGGCCUGGUUCGGGUGGCUGCUGACCCUCUUCACUGGAAUUAUGUACAUCAUUCUGCGCAAGAGAGUGGAUUAAACUUUAGCCCUCGCUCUAAUGUACAGACUUAAUUUUAUUUCCCAGUCUGAAGUGUACAACUUGGAAAAACAAUGAGUUGUCUCAAAUAUUACAGGGGUUGGUUGGAAUUGUAAAAACGAAAGUAACAUGCAAAGUUUAAAAUCUGUCAGUGAGAAAUUGUUGAUUCAGCAUUUGAGGAAAAUUUGCCGGAGAAGUUUCUUAAGAAGAGUUUUGUUUAAUAGAUUGUUUUGCUAGAUCAUCUUUGGUAGUUUCUCAAAGCACUGAGGCCAGUUAGACAAUUUGAUGGUGAAAAUGCAGUAUAUACAAGAAUGACGUGUAAAAUUUAUAAUAUGUAUAAAGAGAAAUAUAAAUUGUACAUAUGAAGUACAUACACAAAUGUUACAGUGUAGUUUUAAACAUCACUUGCACUUUAAGAAAGAGCAUUGUCUUAAACAUGGAUUUAUUUAUUUUUUUUAUAUAUUUUCUUUUUUAAUGGAGUUGUGUGUCUGUGUGUGUUUAAAUGGCAAUAGCACAGGAUAGUCUCUAGGUCAAGAAAAAUGUCAAAUCUUUGUUACUGCAGUGCAUUAUGGUGCUGUUUAAAUUUGUGAUCAUCCACUUGAUCAUCUAGACUUCUGAAUACACAAUCCUUUUGUAAUUUCACUGUACAGACCCUCUGCCAUAUUUACUUACGGUUUCUGUGAGGAGAAAUGCUUUCUUGAUAAUGACAUCAUGGGCCCUGUUGCUAUGCCAGCCAUUUUUAAUUAGCA